CAAAAACAAAAAUAAUAAUAAUAAUAAUGAAGAUGGCGAACGGAAAGGAAAGCUCCAAGAUGUUGGUGUGGACAGACGAGGAGGUGGCACUGCUGUUGCGGCUCACCCUGGAAUACAAAUCGAGUAAGCUAAAGGUGGAUGUCGACUGGGAGUCCUGCAAGUCGAAGUACGAAGACAUAACGGACCUGUUUGAGGCGCAAUACCCGAAGGACUUGACGGAGAAGGAUUUCCCUCACGAUGUGAAAACUAUAUCAAAAGGACAGGUCACUUCCAAGAUAAAAAACAUACGUAAAAGCUAUAGGAAUGCGGUGGACGAUGGCCGUCGAAGUGGCCAUGGGCGGGUGGUGCUGAUAUAUUUUGAGCUAUGUGAGCAGAUUUGGGGUGGCUCGCCUGCUACGCACUCUAUCGACGUCUUCCUCGAAGCGGGUGGCCUGGAGGACCUCGAAGACUACUCGCCGCAGUCCUCUCCAGAGUCAGAAGAUAAUCUUCCUCCUGUGGUUGUAAAGCAGCGCACAGAUUUGCUCCAUGCAAAGCUGAACAACCACAGAGGGGACCACAAGAGGAAGGUGCUGGCUACCCCCCUAGAGGAAGAGGAUCUACAAAUAAAGAGGCGGAUGUUGGCGUUAAUGGAGGAGAAUUCCAGACGCAACUCUGACAUCAUGACUCAGAUCAACACAAACAUUGCGAACAUUACCAGUACUGUACAGGACGGCUUCUCCCUGAUGAGAGAGAUAUUACUCCAGCCCAACUCAAGUAGCUUACAGGGACGGUAUGCAAACACACCUGUGAACAAAGAUGACAUGUAUUAAAUGUCAUAUUAAAGGUUUUCAUUUAA